UCCAGAAUUUUACAAUGUCGUUCAUGAAAUCAUUUCUGCUUCUUACAAUUGUUGUAACAAUUGCAUCGGCUGAUGAUGAAGUUACAUCUACAGCAGCAGUAAUAGUGUCACAAGAAAAUACCAUAGACGCAAAAGGAAAUUUCCACUGGAGUUUUGAAUCGUCAGAUGGAAGUAAAUCACAGCAGGAAGGAGAAUUAAAAAGUGAAGGAGACACUACAGAAGAAGUAAUAAGUGGUUCAUUUGAAUAUCCUGGAGAGGGUGGUAAUGUAUAUAAAGUGAGCUAUACAGCCGACUCGAGAGGAUUUCGGCCACAAGGGGAACAUAUACCAUCAGUGCCCCCACUAAUUCAAAGGUCACUGGAUCUUUUGGCUACCCUCCCAGUCACAACAGAAAGUCCGGCAUCUAAAUAAUUGUUAUGAACUGUUGUAUUGUCGAAUGUUUCAAAUGAUUUGUUAGAAAUAUUAAUUAUAAUGUAAAUAUAUAGUUAGUACCUACGUACUUCUAAAUUUAUUGUUCCCUCAAGUAAUUAUUAAACAUUUUUUCCUUGUUUAAUUAGUAGUAUUUUGCCACCUUCAAAGAAUCAAUUAAUUUAACAAACUCAUACAAAAAUAGACUAGUGUACACAUUUUGAUUUAAUUGGGCAUUUCUACCACACUAAAAAUCAAAUAAUUCCUUAAAAAUACUAAGUCCAGUAUUUAUUUUGCGGAACAGUAAUAAAUAUGUUUAAAAUCAUUCCCUGAAUUUUGAUAACGAGGUAAGAAAUAACAGAAUAAAUGUUAUACCUAUUCUCAUAUGAGAAGUAGAUAAACAAAACAAAAAAACUGUCACAUUUGACUUUAAUCAUUUUAAACGUUAACUUUGUUAUGUAUAGUAGAGCUUAACGUGUAGUCUAGACAAAUUAAUUAUCAACUUUCUCAGUGUGAGAUAUUUCUUGUUAAGUAGGACGAAGUUUAUAAAAUUAACCAAAUCUUUACAACAUAGAAGAACUUGCAAUUAUAUUAAAUUAGCUCACAAAUUA